AUGCAAACUGCUGCAUGUGAACUCGAAGAUCGCAGAGGUUCGGUGGGUGAUCACCAAUCUCUGCUUUCUGUUUCUGAAAGUCCACUUUCCGAGCAGUCAGGCUCGCCUUCGAACCGUCCGGACAAAACAGCGCUAGAAAAACGCUCGCAAUUACGACAGGGCUCGAUACCGUGGAAAAUUGAAAUACUUAGCUGGAUUGGCAGUCUUUGUUUCUUCAUCGCUACUGCUGUCGUGUUAGGGGUUCUAGAUGGCCGUCCGCUUCCGGAUUUACAGUUCGGCCUUAAACCCAACGCAAUCAUCGGAACGUUGGCCACAUUUGCCGAAGCCCUUUUAAUAGUGCCCGUGAGCUCUGCGAUUGGGCAGACCAAAUGGCUGCAAGCACUUCGAACAAAACCCAUGGACGAUUUUCGUACCAUCGAUGACGCUAGCCGGGGACCAUGGGGGAGCGUCUUACUUCUAGCGCGUCGAAAGGGAGGGCUCAUUGCUUCAUUUGGGGCUAUUCUUACCAUAAUAGCUCUGGGUAUCAGCACUUUUUUCCAACAGGCCUUGAGAUAUGAAACCACUUAUCCUCAUUCCGACGACGCUUUGAUGCAAAUAGCGCAGUAUAUGAAUGGCUCAGGCUUCGCACCCAUUGGACGUGGAGGUGCUGCCACCUUUGGCGUCGAUACUCAGUUGCUAGCGGCCCCGUACGUUGCACUAUUUAGCCCUCCCCAUACCAAUUUUCCGACCACAGCACACUGCGGUACCGGUAAUUGUACUUGGGAAUCAUAUCAGACAUUAGGCAUUUGUAACACUUGCCAAGACUUGACUGCUACACUUAAGACGACCAAGGUACAUUUUGACCCUAACAACGAUGCGAAGACUGCCUACGACACCAACUACUACACGCUUCCAAACGGGUUUGGUCUCACUGGGGUACAGCCAGGGGAGAUGAUCAACCAGGUCGCUUUCGUAACCACCAAUGCGAUGCUGAAUAUCACAACAACGUCGGCACCUAAAAGCCGCGGUAGCGUAUCCGGAGAUUGGGACUCCGUCGCAUUUACCCAUAACGGCUCGACGCUAUUGAGUGUGUUUGCAGUUGGCGCAUCCCCAGGCACGAUACCAACCCAAACAUCCAACUUUAUGACCGGGCCCUUCGCCUCACCUGUCGCUUUUGAGUGCCUGCUCCAAUUUUGUAUUCGCAAUAUGCGUGCGGAAUAUAUCAACGGCACAUUAUAUGAAACAGAGAUUUCAAAUUGGACUGACCAAACUCAGUCUCUGCCAAAUUCGGGCAACAAUCGCGACGUCAUCCUUCGAUCGCCUACGUCCCCGUCUGUUUUUAUUGCUACUGGCGGCGCAAUUGAAAGAACGACAUAUUGGCUUUCCCAGCUGCUGGUUGGCAACGCCACGAUGGCCACCGGUAGUAGCUACCUCAAAACUCCCGCCUACUCUUCAGACCUCAUCCAAGCGUUCUACAUGGCAAUGAACCGUUCGACAACAGGCUUUCCAGAUCUUAUGGACAACCUGGCAAAUAGUUUGUCUCUCAGCCUUCGAGAGAUACAAUAUCAGCCAUCUAUUCAUGGCAAAGCCUUUUCUGCUACCAGCCGUGCAGUCGUGGCAUGGCAAUGGCUGGUUAUGCCGCUAUUUGAGCUCGUUGCUAGCCUUGUCUUCUUAAUAACGGUCAUGGUGGAAACGAGGAAAGCUGGUUUAGUCCCGUGGACUAACAACGUUCUGGCAUAUUUCUUUCAUGGGCUUAAGGAGCGACCCCGUGGCGGGAACGUUCACGAAAGUCAAGGUUCCAUGGAGGAGCUAGCCCGUGAGUUGUUGAUAGAGUUUCAAUCCCAUGAAGACGGAGGUCACUUGGUCAUUGCCAAUCCAUGA